AACAGCACAAAUCUCAGAACAUUAUGGUUUCCAAGCCUCUACGAAUAGCCAUUCUCGAAUGUGAUACUCCGCCAGCGGAUGUUGUCGCAAAAUAUGGUCGCUAUGAUCGUAUCUUCACAACGCUGCUGGAGACGGCCGCAGAGCAGAUAGGCUUAUCUCCGAAGCAGGACUUGAAGUUGAGUGCGUAUGACGUGGUGACGAAGAUGGAGUAUCCGAGUUUGGAGGACGUGGAUGGAGUGUUGAUUUCUGGGUCGAAGCACAAUUCCUUCGACAACGAUCCAUGGAUCUUGAAACUUGUCGACUUCACAAAGAAGCUGCUCGAACAUGACCGCGUCAGGAUAGUUGGUGUGUGUUUCGGGCACCAGAUUUUGGGGAGGGCUGCGGGUGCCAAGGUGGGACGGAGUGAUGAUGGGUGGGAGAUUUCGGUGCUACCUGUCGAGCUCACGGCGAAAGGGAAGGAGGUUUUUGGGCAAGAUAAGCUUUCCAUCCACCAAAUGCACAAAGACAUCGUCUUCUCUUACCCUCCAGACGUGGAGCCACUCGGCGGAUCUCCGCGCUGUCUUGUGCAGAGCAUGUAUAAAAAAGGCAAGCUUAUUUCCGUGCAAGGGCACCCAGAGUUCACAGAGGCGAUUGUGAGCUAUUUGGUCAAGAUGCGGAACGAGCAGGGUAUCUUCAACGACGAGCAGGCGAGAGAUGCACUGGAGAGGGUGGGGAACGCGCAUGAUGGUGUGGUCAUUGCAAAGGCGUUUCUAAGAUUCUUGAUGGAAGAAUGAGAAGUCAAAUGUGGUAUUCUCGAGGAUGACAAACGGCCGAGCGAUUGCAUGAAACACUGUUUCAAACGCCGAUGGCGACACCUAGAGUACGUGCGUGAUUGGUCGGUACCAAAGCGUGUUACAGAAUCGAAGUCACUUGAGCUUCAAUGCGAUGGAC